AUGACGUCGAGUAUUAGACGUCGAGCUAAACGGUCAAAAACAUCAUCCUCCGUUGACCCUAAAACACCGACUUCGGAUGCCCGCAAUGUCGAUCUAAAUGAUGUUGUGGAGGUUAACGAAGAGCAACUUGAAGAAGAGUUGUCCCGACCACCCGGUAGAAGAAAGGAUAAGCGAACCGGGAAAAAAACGGUGGAGUCGUCUUCCGAUCUCGAGUUGAAGGAAGACUUCGAGGAGAUGAACCGUCGUCUCCAAGACAUUCGCAACCUCGGCUACAAACGUUGGGAGAUUCCUUACACGAUAUCCUACAUCUACCGUCUCUCAGAUCUAGAUCUCUCAUUAAACCGGAUCUCCGGUCCAAUUCCUGAAUCUCUCGGUAAAAUGGCGGUUUUAGCGACAUUAAACCUUCACGGAAACAGAAUUUCCGGUAAGUUACCGGCUACGUUGAUGAAUUCAAGCAUUAGCAUAUUGAAUUUAAGCAGAAAUGCUAUUGAAGGCAACAUACCUGACGUGUUCGGGCCUAGAUCUUACUUCAUGAUGAUGGAUUUGAGUCAUAAUAAUCUGAAAGGACCGAUACCGAAGACAAUAACGUCGGCGACGUAUAUCGGACACCUUGAUCUGAGUUAUAAUCAUCUCUGUGGAGCGAUUCCAGCGGUUUCGUGGUUCGAGCAUCUUGAAGCGUCGUCGUUUGUUAACAAUGACUGUUUAUGUGGAAAGCCUCUGAAGAGUUGUUGA